AUGGUUUACGUCUAUUUCUACGCCAACAGCUGGUACUAACCCGGUCUUAAAGAGGUUCACGUGUGGAACAAGAUCUCACGCGAAUUCUAUCGCAACGCGUGUUGGAGGCAAAAGAACCUUUGAUGUUACGGCUCGCGGCAACAACAGCAAGCCACUGCUAUUAUCACCCGAAGCAACUGGAGGUACUACUAGCUAGUACCACCAUCCUUGCUCACGCUAUUGGCAGCUAACUGUUUGUUUUUAAAAAGCUAGCUACUAGGUACCGGUAUCCUGCGAGAUAAUAGCGAGUCGACAGAAUCAAUCUGUUCCAUCAUGUCGGACAACGAGGGCAACUCUGUGGAAGCUCGGCGAAAGCGUCGCAACCAGCGAACAUCCUCGGCCAACAACAGCAGCACGGGUGGCCGUGGAGGCCGUGGCAACAACAACAACAACGGCUCGGGUGGCGCUGGGCGUCAUCGUUCCUUUGUGGCGCGUCGCUUCUUGGAGAAUGAAGAUGACGAUGAUUUGGAUCCAGAGCGUCUCGAUUUGGAAGACGAUCAGGCUACCAAUGUAACUCAGAGUGAUCUGGCCAGUCAAGGCAGCAGCCGUGGUGGCGGCGGCGGUGGUGGCGGAAAUUUCUUUGAGAAAGGAGACAGGUUUAAUAAGAUUGAUCAGUCGGUCAACUUGAUGGACACUAGUGCUGCCACUUAUGAGAGUGGACGGAACAAGGGCAAGAGACAUGCCCGUCCUAGAAUGAAAAAGGGAGGUGCGCAUCAAGCAUCGAUGGUAGAUGUCUUCUUGGACUAUGCCACCGAUGGACCUGGACAGCGCCAAGGAGACUACCAGGCCAGGGCUUCCAUGUCACGAGGCGAAAAGUGCCGCGAUCUCAUCUUCAGCACUCGCUUCUUGAUCUUUGCGACUCUCCUCAUUGUGGGAACUCUUUUUGUGGCCUUUACGGUGGCUGGAGGUGACAAAAAGGAGGAACCUGUCAAGGUUGUCACGAGCCCCGUUCCAGAAGGACGUACCGAAGCUAUCCAGGCCAAAAUCAUUGAUCAAGGAGUGACAAGCGAAGCCGAAUUGAAAAAGGCAAAGUCCAUUGCUCACAAGGCGCUGCUGUGGUUGGCCGAAGCGGACGAAGCUCAAUUGGCUCCGGACAGUCCGGAUCUUAUCGUUAGAUACGUCAUGGCUGUCUUGUACCACUCGACUCAGGAAAGUCAAUGGCAGAAACAGGACAAUUGGAUGACCAAGGCUUCUGUCUGUAACUGGUAUGGAAUCGAGUGUGAACGGAUUCAGGGAAACAAGGAUAUCGUCGUCCACGUCAAUCUGGCAACCAAUGGACUUCAGGGAUCCAUCCCGAGCGAGCUCAAGGCUCUCACGGAUUUGGUACUUUUAGAUCUCUCUGGCAAUGGUCUAGUCGGGUCCAUCCCAGAGGAAAUCGGUCAAAUGACUCUCUUGCAUUUCUUGAGGCUGCAGGACAAUCAAUUGACGGGAGAGCUGCCGCAGUCGAUCGGUGACCUCUCCAGUGCCGAAGAAAUCUUCUUGUCCCAUAACAAGCUCAAAGGUCCACUCCCAGCUUACAUUGGAGAGUUGGUCAAUCUCCGAGGUCUCAAGCUAGAUCACAACCAGCUAUCGGGAAGUCUGCCCAAGGAAUGGAAGCAGACCAAGAUUGACUCGCUCUAUCUCCAAAGCAAUGAAUUCAAAGGGCACAUUCCCCACUCGCUGUUCCAGCUCACAACUCUGGUGGACUUCCGAAUCGGAAACAACAAAUUGACAGGAACAAUCCCACCAGAAAUCGAAUCCAUCUUCCGCCUCGAAAUCUUUGAAGCACAGGAAAACGAGCUCCAUGGUGAAGUCCCGGAAGUCUUUAAUAGGUUGCAUCAUUUGCAGGAAAUGAACCUGCAUCACAACAGCAUUGGAGGUAGUCUUCCCGAUACUUUAGCCAAGAGCACGAGCAUGAAACGCUUCUUGCUCGAUAACAAUCAAAUCACUGGAACGAUUCCGGAUUGGGGUGGAAUGGCAAGUCUGGAGAGUCUAAAUCUCCACAAUAACCAGUUGUCCGGUUCUGUGCCGAGUAAGAUGUGCUUGGCCACGGCUUCCCUCACUACUCUGACAAUCGACUGUGACAGGGUCACAUGCGAUUCCCCUUGCGAUUGCAAAUGUGAGUAGGGAUACUGGUAACGUAGUAUGUAUAGGCUUAGCACUAGUUUGUUUUUUC